GUUUUUGGUACGGAAGAUUCCAAAGGCAGUUCAGCAUCGAUUCGUUUGCAGAAAGGGGUGUCUAAACAGGUUUAUAUUAUUUAACUUUAUUUUAUGAUUGAAAAGAUUUUCUGAACAAAGCAUUAUCUUCCAAUUUUAAAGGAAAAUAACUUUUACAAUGUGUAACACCUUGAACCGUCGCAUUAUAAAAUUUAUAUGCUUGCAUAGAUAGUAUUAGGAGAUAAUUCCAUGUACAUAUCUGUCACAGGCAAUUGUAUGUGGACCUGCUACAGAUGUCUCGGUCAGUGAUCCCAAUGUACCAACAUCAAGUGGAGCAUCUACCACGGAAAAAAUAUGUAGUAGUCUGUAGUCAUGAUGAAAUAUUUCUUUGCACGUUAUUUUUUAGUUAUUCAAAACAUUCAUUAUUCAUAGUUUCCAUACGGUAUCGUGUGGAUAUUAUAUAAAACAUAUGCACUAUAACUUAACCUCUCAAUCAUGACCAUUACAUUUACAGGUUUCAAUCUCUAAAAGAUCAUGGACGGAACCAGAGGAGGAAUAUAACUCAGAAAAACGUAUCCGAAGCGACGAUACCAUUAAUAUUCCGGCCUCAGACGAAUCAGAAUAAACACUGGUAUGCUCACGCACUUUAUUGCCUUGAUUCCGACUGUAAAUAAUGGACAGAAACACAGUAACUUAACAAUUACGUUCUUUUAUUUGUAGGAACCCGUUAAAACAAACGAGACGCCAGAGCCCGUUGAAACAAAUGAGAUGCCAGAACCCGUUAAAACAAACGAGACGCCAGAACCCGUUGAAACAAAUGAGAUGCCAGAACCCGUUAAAACAAACGAGACGCCAGAACCCGUUGAAACAAACAAGACAACCAUUACUUGGAUAUCCUGCUUUGGAAUGCUGCAACACCUUUGUAGCAAUUUGACGGAUUGCCAGGAAUUAAUCUCUAAGGCAGAGAAAAUAGACGCCCCCCAGUCAGAAAAUCUCCUUGGUGAGCUCCUCGAUGUGGUCGAACGUGCAAACCGCUUGUCUUCGUCUUUGUUAUCGGAUGCAAACCAAGCAUUGAGGCACAUUAAUCUGGAAAAUGAAGCUUCAGUCAGUCUUCUCUUCAACGGAAUUUACUUCAAUCGACCGUGAUCCAGGUUGUAGAAGGGACAUCAUAACCGACGAAGACAGGGUAUGCAUAAUUAAACAAGGUCCGUUUCAACCAAAAUUGUCAAGAUAUCCCAGAAACAGCGAUAUUCCUCCACCAAAGCACUCUCAUUUCUCCUCCGAGUGGCUCAACACAUAUCCACAUUUGGAGUACCCCAUUAAGAAAGAUGCUGCUUUUUGUUUUGUAUGUCAGCUAUUCCCAUCUGCUCCUGGCUGUCGCAAGUCUGAGUCUGCAUGGACACUUAAUGGUGUGGGAGCUUGGCAUAAGAUGAAAAGUCGUGGAACAGGAAAACCAGGAAAAUUGGCUGCACACUUUAGCAGCUCUAGCCAUCGAGAGACCCUUAAAGCAUUGCUUGCUUUCCAAAAUAAGUCCAACCACGUCGACGUUAUGCUGGAUAAAGAUUGCAGGAAAGCACUGAUUGAAGAAGAGGCUGAAACUCAACGUAACCGCGAAGCCAUCAAGACACUUUUGGACGUUGCAAGAACUCUUGCACGCCAAGGAAUAUCUUUCCGUGGUUCGUCGAAUGAAAAAGAUGGAAACGGAAAUUUCCAGCAAAUUGUUGGUUUGGUGGCCAGGCAGUCCCCUUCAUUUAAGAGAUGGCUCAAUGAUGCUGCAACGCGCCCACACAGAGUUAACUACCUCAGUUCCAGGUCACAAAACGAGUUUUUAACUUUGUUAGCUGGAAAUGUUUCGGAUAGAGUCGUUGCUCAAAUUAACGAAGCUACAAUGUUUUCUGUCAUUGCUGACACAACGCCAGAUGUUUCUCACGUCGAUCAACUCUCAGUCGUUGCGAGGUACGUUGAUAAAGAUGGAAUCCCACAAGAACGUCUGGUUGAUAUCAGGGAGCUCCAUUACAAGACUGGAGAAGGCCACGCUCAAGAAAUUAUUUUUUCAUUGAAUGCGAAGUCUGUUGAUACAAAUGGAAUAGUUUUCCAGUCAUAUGAUUAUACCUCAUCGAUGUCAGGCGUUUUCAAAGGUUGCCAAGCCAAGAUGAAGGAGCAUCUGGAGAGAGAAGUUCCUUAUUUUCCAUGUCUCGCCCAUCGGUUCAACACUACUGUUGAGCAUAGCUGUGAAGCAAGUGUAGCUGUGUGCAAAUUGUUCGAAAUCCUGCAAGAGUUGUAUUUCUUCUUCACGUCCAGUACGAAAAGAUAUGGUGUGCUUGGCGGAAAAGUGAAAGAAAGCGAGUAUGGAAAACCGCUGGAAUUAAGAAAUUUGUCAGCAACGCGUUGCAUGGAGUGCCCGUGCAGAUUCGAUAAGGGCUGUAUGGUCAUGUUUUCAAGAAAUAAUCGAAGCUCUUGAAGAAUUGGAAAAUUCAGCUGACACGAAAACCAAGGCAAAGGCAGGGAUUCUUCUCGACAGGGUUAAAUCGUUUGAGUUUAUUGUUAUGUUGAUGUUUAUGAGGAACAUUAUGAUAAAAACUAAAAUUCUGACGAAGCAAAUCCAAAGUGUUGACAUAAACAUAAUUGAUACGCUUGAAGCUGCUAAGGCAACGAUAUCUACACUACGCCACUUACGUGAAGACGAGGAAAACCUGAACCAGCAAAUCAGUGCAUCCGUAGCUUUUUCAGAACGCCAUGGAAUUGAUCUUGUUGCUGAAUAUGACCGCCACCAUCGACCCAGGCGUCCGUCAAGGAGAGCUGAUGAAAGACCAGAGACAGCGACAAAUCUACCACGUCAGGAUUUUUACCGAAAACAAUUUGUCCAAGUCCUAGAUGUUUAGAUAAAUGCUCUUACAGAUAACGUUCAAGUUGCCUGUGAUAUUGUCGCCCCUGCGAUUCGACUCCUUCUUCCUCCAUUUAACAGUGAUCCUAAACUAGAAGAUGUAAAGUCCCUUACGAUGAUGCUCCCAGAAUCAAUCCGCCCUGAUAACGAGGUUCUAUGUGUUGAACUAACGCUGUUCAGACAGGGGGAAAUCACAACCAUCAGAGAAGCAGCACGUUUUGCGAUGGAUUGUGAAAGCAUCUUUCCCCUGACAAGCAGAUGCUACCGUUUAAUUCUAACGGCACCGAUAACAUCGGCUGCAAGUGAACGCAGCUUCUCCAAGUUGAA